GAAGAGUUACGUCAAAAUUCUGCAGAUUUUAAAAUAACAAUGUUUCCUUAAAUUAUUUAUUUUUAAAAUGAUGUGUACAUUCAACUAUUGUUAAAAUAAGACAGAGAAGUAUGUGCAAUUUAUAUUUAAUUGCAUUUACUUUAAAGUACCUCUUUAUUUAAAAAAUAAAAUGUAAAUGUCAAUUGGUGAUCUGAAGAAUAAAAAUGUUUUGUUAGUAAAAAUAAUAUUUAAAGACAACUAAAAGAAAUUUUAGUUAAAAUCCAUUAUUUCAGACAAUGACAUCUAGUCAAUGUAACACAAAACAUAAUCUCAACUACAAUGGGCGGACAUGAUAAGGAACAUUGUAAUAACAUCAAAAAUAAAAUAAAUCUACCAGAAAAUAAACUUAAAUUAAUGAACAGUGCAUCCGAUCAGAAUAUAUUUUUCACCUACGUGUGUCUGAUAAACGAUUUAAAGGCAACAGACACGAUUUAUAACAAAGGCCAUAAAAAAUCAUCUUUGAAUUUGAUGAACGAGGAAGCAGAAGAGACAAACCAAGAAGAACUUCCAAUACAAGUGGAGAGAUCGAAAGCACUUCACGAACUGAUCGAGUUUCAUAGAAAAGAUGACACAGACGUGGAAAAGGAACAUAAUGAAGCCGACUCAUCGACUACUUACCCUUCGACUACAUUUGGCGAUGAUAGUGAAUUGUCUGAAACUGAGGAUGCCAACAUUCAAAAUAGUAUAAGUCCUAAUAUACUAAAGCUUACCAAAAUGAAGUGGCUCACUGAGGAGCAAGAAGGAUCUCCAGAUUCUAGCUCACCCCUGCUUUCUCCCACAAAUUCCUCAACAAGUACGAAUGGUAGCAGAGAAUCAGAUGAUGGGAUUGAUCAGCGAGUCAGUGUCAACAAUAAAUACCUAUCCACCAUUCUCCGAUUGGAUAGAGAGCAUAACAUGUUCGGCCUAUCAAACAUAACAAUAGUCAAAUCUCGACCGUCAAGAAAAAUGCGGAAAAUCGACGAAAAGCCGGUUUUCCACCAAACGGCUAUAGUACAGAUUUGUUGUGGAAAAAAGUGUUGUAAACACAGGAGCAAAACUGAUCUUCCAGCUUCUUUAAAGUGUGGCGGUUGUCGCGGGUGUCGCAUUGAGCCGUCCCAUAUUUAUGGUGCUGAAACCUGCACACCAUCAGUAUGUACUCCAUGUCCCCCGGUAAAGUGUACAGUGGACUGCACCACUUGCUUCGGAAUGAAGAUAUCUCUUAAUCGUAAACCGAAAUUUGAACCAUCGCCAGUUGAGUUAACACCAAGAUCUAGCUGUAUUUUACAAAAGCCAAUCGCAGCAAGAUCCUGCCAUCACCUACCUCAGUGCAUUCCCCCGUCUUCGUGCUUCCCCUACCUGAUGCCUUGCUUCUGGCCAGCCAGGGCAGGGGCACCAUGUAACACGCCCGCGCGAUGCUUCCACAAUCCCCCCUGUCGGCUACCGAGAACACCUCAAAUUCCUUUACCUCUUGAAGAAACUUGUCCACCUAAAUGCGAAGAUAAAGCUGCUAAAACGAAAUGUCAAAAUCAAUCAUGUCCAGGGAACAAUCCUACAAUGGAGAAAGAAAUUGAAACUCGAUUCGGAAAGAAAUAAAAUAUGGCCGGCCCAAAUGAUAAAAGAUUUAGAACCUGUUCGUGUACAACUGUGAAUUAUCGAAAUAUAAUCAGAUUUUCUUUAUUUAUUUUUGAAUGCUAAACAAUCUCGACGUUAUUUUUUUACGAAAAAGAACAUAAUAAUUCAUAACACAACGAUCAAUAAAAAAAAUCACA